ACUGCUCAGGCCGCUGUAGGGAGCGUUGGAUUGCUCGGCGCUCGGGAUCGUUGUGUCACGGAGAGCCGUUGGAUUGCUUCGCUGUGUAGCCGUUUUCACGGUGAUGUCUCGCAGGGCUGUGCUCGGCUGGUGUCGGCUCCGGUGAGAUGGCGGCUCCAGGUCCCCGCUGGUACCUGAAGAGGCGAGAGGGGAACCACGAGAGACUGCUGCUGCGGGAUGGCGAGGAGAUCACGCUGGGUCGCGGCCUUGGAGUUACCUACCAGCUGACAUCUAUCCUGUGCCCGCUGAUGAUUUCUCGAGUCCACUGCAUCCUCAGACAGAACGGCCAGAGUCAAUGGACCAUCACGGACAAUCAGAGCCUGAACGGCGUCUGGCUGAACAAAGAGAGGCUGGAACCGCGGAAGUCGUACGUCCUGACGGAGGGAACCUGCAUCCAGCUGGGGGUGCCUUUGCCGAGCAAUGACAGAGCGGAGUUCGUUUACGACCUGAUCCAGGAAUGUCUGGAACAAGACAUACCGUCCCUGAGCCGGUCGGUAAAGCCCAAAGUACCCAGAACCAAGCGGAAAUUUAACUCUGAUGAGUCGGAAGCCUCCGGAGCGGAGGGUCCGUCCAACUUCUCAAAAGCAAAAGUUCACCGGGUCGGCAGCCGCGACGGCGCACCAGCCAAGUGUUCCCACAAGGCUCACCGUGCUAAACACCACAGCGUGAUGGUAGACGCCGGUGCAUUGCAAGACCAAAUCGAGCCGAAUAAUUCCACGGAUGGAGACGAGCUUCCUCCCACUCAGCGGCAGUGCCGGGGAACCUUACAGCUGACCAAAGUCAGACAGACCAUGCAGGAGAUAAGGAGACUCAAUGUGCAAAUGCAGGAAAAACAGCUGGAGAUGCAGGAGAAGCUGAAUGCUCCCCAUGCCAGCAAGUCGGCCAAUCCCAGGGAUGUCCUCACUGUCCAGAAGGAGCUUCAUGAGCUCCAGAACCAGCUGAGUAGCGAGCGAGAGGAGCACCUCCACCGAGUCCAGGAACUGAGGCAGAUCUUCCAGGAGGAGCAGGAGAAGCAGGGAGAGCGAAAGAUGGCCGAGGAACAUCUGAAGGAUCAGCUGGCGCAGGCCCUGCAGGAGCACACGCUGCUCAUGGAGGAACUGAACCGAAAUAAGACUGACUUUGAACAGAUCAUACAGGCUAAGGAAAGAGAGCUCCAAGAAACAAAGGAAGAGAAGGAGAAGGCGCGCGUUCAGAAGGAAGAGGUCUUGAGUCACAUGAAUGAUGUUCUAGACAAUGAGCUUCAAUGUAUCAUCUGCUCAGAAAAUUUCAUUGAGGCUGUAACCCUGAACUGCGCGCACAGCUUCUGCUUCUUCUGCAUCACGGAGUGGAGGAAACGCAAAGACGAGUGCCCCAUCUGCAGACAGCAGAUCGUCUCCCAGACCCGCUCCCUCGUCCUGGACAACUGCAUCAACCGCAUGGUGGACAAGCUGAGCGCUGAAAUGAAGGAACGACGGGCGGCUCUGAUCGCGGAGCGAAAAGCAGAUGCUCGUCAGCCGCAGGGAGUGAUCGCCAUCCAGUCUGAAAGCGAGAGCGGAUCCCUGCCGUCCGACGCGCUUUACAUCUCCAGCAGCUCCGACAUCGAGGAUCUGGACUUUGAGUUCUGGGUGGAAUAUGACAGCGAAGAUUUUUGGGAUUCCGCAUCUGAUGACGAUGACGACGACGACGACGACGAUAGCUUUUUCAUCAUCUGACAAGGUCCCUCUAAAAUUCUUUGGACGGGAGAUAAUUUCACAGCCCCUCCUCCGACACCGAAAUGUUCAAAAGCCUGGAUUAAUAAAAGAAAAUUGGAAUUUUGACGACAAGAACUGACAUUUUUGUAUUGUUGACAUACUUUAUAAAUACGUAUCUGGAAUUAUUUAUGUUUAUUAUUUAGUUACAAUCCUCUGCAAUCAGGACAGGGGUUGGAUGUGGUUCCGAGCUGCCUGUAAUUCACAAAGAGGGUCUGUACCGUUCCUCGGGGUGACGGCUGAACGCUCCGGGGGCAGAUUUUCAGGAUCUCUUUAAUGUUUGUUGGUUGGUUGACGUAUUUUCAUAAUUAUUCAUUUGAUUUUGUUCACCGUUGGCAAAUUAUGUCUUAAAGUACGUUUUCAGCA